AAUCGAAAUCGUUUCCGUUUACGUUUCACGCCAAUCAUCCAAAACCAGUAGGAGCGGUUGGGAUUGCUUUUCCAUAUCCUUUGACGCCAUGCGACGAUCGCCGGCGGAGGAGAUAAUGCUGGACGAGAAGGCGGUGCAGUGGACGGCGGUGAUGGAGUUCACGAAGGCCGCGCAGGAGAAGGAAACGGAUGCGGUGGCCUGGGCAGUGCAGCUAUCGGCGGGGGGGGGGGGUGUUGCUUCGCCGUCGCCGGAGCUUGCUCAGGUGUUGGUCUCUCACUUGUGCUGGGCCAACGACGUCCCCCUCGUCUGGAAAUACAUCGAGAAGGCACUUGCAGCUGGCCUCGUCCCUCCUAUGGUUCUCCUCGCUCUUCUCUCUUCUAGGGUAAUCCCAAGUCGGCAUUCAAGACCAGGGGCAUAUAGGCUUUACUUGGAAAUCUUGUGGAGAUAUGCAUUUUCAUAUGCAUCUCAAGUUCAAGUAUCAAAUUUCAAAAAGAUCAUGGUGUUCAUAGAUGAUUUUCUUCACCUUUCUGAAAAAUUCGGGGUUCAAGCAUCUGAACCAGGGCUUCUGGUGGUUGAGUUUAUCUUUUACAUAGUAUGGCAGUUAUUAAAUGCAACAUUAGACGAUGAAGGGUUGUUGGAACUAACACCAGAGACAAAGUUUAGAUGGCCCAUCAAAGCAGAGGAUAUGGAUAUAAAUGGUGAAGUCUACUCUCAAAGGAAUGGACAUGGUGAAAAGCUGCAAAAAAUAAAUAGUGUCAAGAACGUUGAAUUGAUCUUACAGUUCUUACAGCAUAAAGAAAUUUCCAAGCUUCUUUCAUUGGCACGUGAAAACAUGCCCACCCACUGGGGAUCUUUUAGUCAGCGAUUACACUUGCUUUGCACAAAUUCAUCAACAUUGCAAAAUUCAUCAGCACUACGAGAGAAGCUGCUGCAGUUGCUAUUUGACGGAUUUGGUAGAUCUUGCAUAUCGGGAAAACAUGCUGGGUUUUGUGCAGUUACUGUUCCUGUGUGUAUGGUGUCUUCAGGUGGUCACUGUCAUGGCGCAACUCAUUCUUCCUUUUGGAUUCCCAUAGAUCUUUAUCUUGAGGAUUGCAUAGAUGGUUCAGUUGCAGCGACCAAUGCCAUCGAAAUUAUUAGUGGCUUGGUGAAGACCCUUAAAGCUGUUAAUGGAACAACCUGGCAUGAUGCCUUCUUAGGUCUAUGGAUUGCCUCUCUUCGACUUGUACAAAGAGAAAGAGAUCCUCAUGAGGGCCCGGUACCUCGGCUUGAGGCCCGUUUGUGCAUUUUGAUUUCGAUCACAACUCUAGCAAUUGCUGAUAUUAUCAAGGAAGAAGAAGCUGAAUUAGUUGAUGAAGUGGAACAAACUAACCAAUGGAAAGCCAAAGCAGCAAGUGGAAAAUGUCGUCAAGAUUUAGUCUCCUGUUUGCAGAUUCUCGGUGAUUAUGAAAGCCUGUUGGUUCCUCCGCCAUUAGUUGUCUCUGCUGCCAAUCAGGCUGCUGCAAAAGCAAUGAUGUUUUUGUCAGGCCUGCCGAUUGGAAGUGGAUAUUUAGAGUGCGCCAACAUAAAUGACAAUGCGAUUAAUUUCUCUGGAAAUCUGUGGCACUUGAUUAUUGAGUCCUGUAUCUUGCGAAAGUUAGUGGACACAUCAGCUUACUUUUGGCCUGGUUAUGUGAGUGGAAAAAUGAAACCAAUUUCUCAUUCGUUACCUGGCCAGGUUCCUGGGUGGUCCACAUUAAUGAAAGGAGCUCCCUUAACACCUUCACUUGUAAAUUCUUUGGCCAGAAGUCCUGUUUCAAGUUUAGCAGAGCUUGAGAAGAUCUUUGACGUUGCAAUUAACGGAUCAAACGAUGACAAGGUAUCCGCAGCCUUCAUUAUUUGUUCGGCAUCUCUUAUUCGUGGAUGGGGUAUCCAGGAACACACUGUCCGCUUUGUUGUAAAGCUGCUCUCUCCUCCUGUCCCUGCUGAUUAUUCUGGAACUGAGAGUCAUUUAAUUAGUCAUGGUCCUAUGAUGAAUGUUGUUCUUACAGGAAUAUCAUCUGUGGACUGUGUUCAAAUUUUCUCCUUUCAUGGUUUGGUUCCAGAGCUUGCAGGGGCAUUAAUGGCUAUAUGUGAGGUUUUUGGUGCAUGUGUUCCAAACAUUACGUGGACGACAUCCAGUGAAGAAAUUACUGCUCAUUCAGUCUUCUCAAAUGCAUUUAUUCUUCUAUUGAGAUUAUGGAAGUUCAACCAUCCUCCUCUAGAAUAUUGCAUUAUGGGUGAUGGAGCUCCUGUUGGAUCACAGCUGACUCCAGAAUACCUUUUAUUGUUGCGCAACAAUCUACUUUCUUCAUGCAAUCCGACCAAAAAACGUGAUAGCAACAAUCGAUUGUCAACAACGUGUUCACCAUUGUUGCAACCUAUUUAUGUUGAUUCUUUCCCGAAGUUGAAAGUUUGGUACAGACAACAUCAGGCAUGUUUAGCAUCAACUCUUUCUGGUCUGGUUCAUGGAACUCCAGUUCAUCAAAAUGUGGACAGUCUUUUAAACAUGAUGUUUAGGAAUAAAGGAAAUAACCAGUCGGUUGGCCCUGGGACAUCUGGAAGCAGCUUAAGCAAUUCUUCUGGUCCUGGGAGUGAGGAUUACUAUGUUAAACCAAUGUUACCUGCAUGGGACAUCAUGGAAGCUGUUCCUUUUGUUGUUGAUGCUGCUUUGAGUGCUUGUUCACAUGGUAGACUUUCCCCACGUGAACUGGCGACCGGCCUUAAGGACUUGGCUGAUUUCCUGCCUGCAUCACUAGCGGCAAUAGUAAGCUAUUUUUCUGCUGAAGUAACUCGUGGAGUCUGGAAACCUGCUUUCAUGAAUGGUACUGAUUGGCCCAGUCCUGCUGCGAACCUCUCGACAGUGGAAGAACUUAUAAGGAAAAUUGUUGCUACUACUGGUGUUGAUGUUCCUAGCCUUGUUGCUG